AUGGCUUCAAGAAGUGCUAUUUUCAUGUCAAACUCUCAUUCUCUCACAAACAAACCAAAAUCAGGUUCAUGCUUGUGCUCUCCCACUUCACAUCCUGGUUCCUUUAGAUGCAGCAUGCACAAGAACAAGCCCCAACGAUCUGUUCCUAACAACCCCUUCAAAUCCAGUACUACGUCGUCGUCAUCAUCGCCAUCUAUGAUUGUUAAAGCUAGAUCUUUGAAGACAUUUCUCUUGCAAGUUAUUAAGCCUUCUAGCCAUGAUGUUCAUAGGAGGAAGAACUUUCAGCCUAAGCCUACUCGGUUUUGUUUGAUGAAUACUAAUAGAGAUGUUGUUGCUGUUUCUUGA